GCUACGAGGGUGAGGUUGACUGCUGUUGCUGUUGGAGCCCUGUGUUCUUUGCUUUUACCUUUAUAUGGGGGAUUUUAGAAGGCAGAAUUUUAGAAGGCAGGCCUCAGGGUAGAAACGAGUUCCAGCUCUGACCUCCCUGUUUCCAGAGGGAGCCUGGCCUGCCUCGUGGCCUUGGGAAACGUUCUCCAUGACAGCUGUCAACAGGGCUUUGGUGGAGUGGAGCGGCAGCCUUGGAACUGACGCUUAUUUGCAUGGCGUUUUGGUGUGCCAGGAACCAAAAAUAAGAUAAUUAAAGGCAGUGAAACUGAAGUAAAAUAGGAAGAUCAUCAGCCAAGAAGGGCCUGUUGGAGGAAGCAGAGGAUGGAAAAUCAACUGAAGCACUGUUUGACUGUAGCAGCAGGCCUUUGAAAUUUAACUCAAAAAAUGAGUGCCCUUAAUUCAGAGAACUGCUCUUUUCAGUACCAGCUGCAUCAAACACAUCAGCUUCUAGAUGGUAACUGUCUGUUAUUCUUGAUUAUACUUGGGAAAAUACUGUUAAAUAUCCUCACAUUAGGAAUGAAAAGGAAGCACACCCAUCAAAAUUUUUUGGAAUAUUUUUGCAUUUCACUAGCAUUUACUGACCUUCUUCUUUUGGUGAAUAUUUCCCUUAUAUCUUAUUUCAGGGAUUUUGUGCUUUUGGGCAUUAGAUUUACUAAAUACCACAUCUGCCUAUUUAUUCAAAUUAUUUCUUUUACUUACGGUUUUUUGCAUUAUCCAGUUUUCCUGAUAGCUUGUAUAGAUUAUUACCUUUAUUUCUCUAAAGCCACCAAGCUUCCAUUUAAGUGUCAAAAAGUAUGUUAUUUCUUUACAAUUAUUUUAAUUUGGAUUUCUGUCCUUACUUAUGUUUUGGGAGAUCCAGCUAUCUACCAAAGCCUGAAGGCACAAAAUGUUUAUUCUCAUCAAUGUCCUUUCUAUAUUGGUGCUCAGAGUUACUGGCUGUCAUUCUCCAUGGUGACAAUUUUAUUUAUGGGUUUUAUAACCUCUUGGUCAGAAGUCAUUACCUUGGUUCAGGCUGUUAGGAUAACUUCCUACAUGAAUGAGACUAUCCUGUAUUUUCCGUUUUCAUCAGACUCUUCUUAUACCAUGAACUCUAAAAAAACACUCUUGCCCAAGUUGAUCAUCUGUUUUCUUGGUACCUGGUUACCAUUUGUACUACUUCAAGUAAUUAUCCUUUUACUUAAAGUACAGAUUCCAGCUUACAUUGAAAUGAACAUUCCAUGGUUGUACUUUGUCAAUAGUUUUCUCAUUGCUACAAUUUUUUGGUUUAAUUGUCACAAACUUAAUUUUAGAGACAUGGCAUUACCUGUGGAUCCAUUUGUCAACUGGAAAUGCUGCUUCAUUCCACUUAUACUUUGUAAUUUUGAGCAAAUUGAAAAGCCUAUAUCAGUAAUAAUUUGUUGAUAUGUUACUAUGUUAAAACUAAAGCUACAAGACUAAUAAUUUUACAAACAGGAAAGAAUGAGGCCUUGGGAAAUAUAAGUAGUUAACUGAAGCUCUCCCCUGACCCCAAACUUUCAUACCUUUUCAGAAUGUGUCUUUUGGGGGCUUUAUUUAUGAGUUUUAACAAAAUACUUCCAAAAACAUAUUUAUACCUGUUGGCCAUACUCAUGUUUGUGUUACCCAGAAAACUACUACAUACAAACUGUUAUGUAAAUCUGAGAUUCUUCUGCCCACUUUUCAGAUUUAAAUAAACAUUUUUAUUAAACUCA